AUGGCCUCCUCUAUCCCCUCCAAAGCUCCAAGCGACAUCCGCAUUCUCACAUUCAACUGUUGGGGUCUUAAAUACAUCGCCAAGUACCGUCAUGAACGCAUGUCGGAGAUUGGACGGCAGUUGGCAAUAGCCAACCCGCCGCCAGAGAUCGUCGGGCUGCAAGAAUGUUGGACCCAGCAGGAUUUUGAAAGCAUUCGCGAUCAAACACGACACAUCCUGCCAUAUGGGAAAUUUUAUUACGGGGGCAUAUUUGGUGCGGGAUUGGCGAUUCUCUCAAAAUGGCCGAUCGAGGAAAGCAGCAUGUUUGGCUACCCGUUGAACGGCCGACCAACGGCAUUUUUCAGAGGAGAUUGGUUCGUUGGAAAAGGUGUUGCGAGCGCACGCGUUCGAUUCGGCCCUGGUACUGCCGAUGUCGCCGAGGUGUUCUGCACUCACCUCCAUGCCCCGUAUGAGCGCGAACCGAAUGAUUCAUAUCUCUGCCACCGGACUGCACAGGCAUGGGAGAUAUCUAAGCUAAUGCGUGGCGCGGCGGAGCGCGGUCAUCUAGUCAUCGGUCUAGGUGACUUCAACAUGCUUCCUUCUUCUUUCGCCCACCGCCUCAUUACCGCGCAGAGCCCUGUUCGCGAUGUCUGGCGCGAGCUGCACCCGGACUCGUCCCUCGCAGCGGCAAUUGACCCUGUUGAAAAAGCACGGAAUCUGCCGAUUCCAACCGCCGAGUUCAAUCUUGCCGAGAAUGGAGCUACAUGCGACGGGUCCUUCAAUACCUGGCGCUGGACUGAGGAUAUGCGCAAGCGCCUAGCCAAGGGUGAGGAUAUUGUGAUUGACAAGGACACCCCAGACCCGCGCGGCAAACGCCUGGAUUAUAUUUUCAUCGGCGACGGUGGCUACCCACCUACAUUCCCGCCGUCUAGCUGGUCAGUCCAGUCCGUUCAAAUCUCAAUGACACAGCGUCAUCCUACUCUCCUCUGCUCUCUGAGUGACCACUUCGCCGUCGAGGCUGUCAUCACUCGUUCUUCUAUACCGACAUACCCUCAUCCGCAGUCCACAGACUCUGCUCCAGUCUCCCCCGAUUCUCCUCCUUUGCAUACAACAACUUCAAAGCCUGUAUCCCCCAACGCCGCGCUUUCUCCAGACACAUAUGACCAUAUCAUCGACAUGAUUCACACAUAUGUGCGCCGCGAACGCUCUCAGCGCCGUUGGCGUCUCGCGCAUUUCCUGGUGUCUAUUGUGGUUUCCAUCGGUUGCAUGGUCGGUGUGUGGUGGGUUGGCAGCCGCACAUACAUCGGGUUCAUCCUCGUCCUAGUCAGCACACUCAACUUCGGUGCUGGGAUUUUGGAUGGUCUGAUUGGUGGGCUCUUCAUGUCGGGUGAGUUGCGUGCAUUGAAGGAGUUUGAGUGGGAGGUCAGAAAUGCUAGGAGCUUGGUGGUUGCUGCUGAGGCAGGUGUAGGUGCUGCUUCGGAAGAAACGGAGAGAGAGCACAAGAAUGAAUGA